AUGCGACGGCGCUCGUCCGCAGACCCAAGCUCGGAGCAGGGCCACGCCGAUUCCACCGCCGACCAUUCACCCGCACCAAUUCCGGAACAUGAGGAUAACCUCGACCGCCAGACUGAGGCAUCGCUAGUGAACAUACAGGGCUGGGCCAACAAGGGUAGGCCAAAGGAGGAGGCAGGCAGGUCUGCACAGCGUCUGGCCACAGACCCAGUCGCAGUAUUCCACUCUCCCACCGCUCCACGACUACCUCCACUCAUGGCGCACCACAACGCGGACUCAACCAUCAGCGCGCUGGCCAAGGACACCCCGCCGCACACCAUGGUCGCGCAUCACAACGAGAAAUGGCGCCAACGCCUACGCUCUCCCUGGGCAUGUUCGCCCUACACCGUCUUGACCACCCUGGCCGCCUUCAUUGCCAUGUUUUUCAUGGCCCAGUCGUUUUUGACGAGGCAGCUGGACGUCAAAGGGUGUGGAAUGUCUUACAUGCGGCCUACCUACUCAAGGUUCAGCAACUUCGACACUGAACACACGCGCUUUGCCAGCAAAUACUCGUUUAAAGGGAAAUUUACUGACAAUCCUCAGGUCAAGGGCGUGCCAGUCCUCUUCGUUCCCGGGAAUGCUGGCAGCUACAAGCAAGUCCGCUCCCUUGCUGCCGAAGCUGCAUACCACUACCACAACACUGUCCAACACGAUGCCGAUGCCGGCAAGGCGGGGAAGAGGCCACUAGAUUUCUUUUCAGUUGAUUUCAAUGAGGACAUCACCGCCUUUCACGGCCAAACAUUGCUGGAUCAGGCCGAAUACCUCAACGACGCCAUUACGUACAUUCUAUCCUUGUACCACACCCCAGGAAAGUUUCUCCGUGACCCAAGCCUGCCGGAUCCAACCUCGGUGAUCGUGGUCGGACAUUCCAUGGGCGGUGUUGUCGCGCGUACUAUGCUCACCAUGCCGAAUUACCAGGCCAACUCGAUCAACACCAUCAUCACACUUGCUGCACCACAUGCCAGACCGCCAGUGUCCUUUGACGGAGAUAUUGUUCGCACCUACAAGGGUGUGAACGAUUACUGGCGACGCGCCUACUCGCAGAAAUGGGCCAUUGACAACCCGCUCUGGCACGUCACGCUCAUCUCGAUUGCAGGAGGAAGUUUGGACACUAUGAUUUCUUCCGACUAUGCCAGCAUUGAGUCGCUGGUGCCUGAGACUCAUGGGUUUACUGUAUUCUCCACGUCGAUGCCGAACGUUUGGACUGGAAUUGAUCACCUAGCAAUCACUUGGUGUGACCAGCAUAGGAAGGCUGUCGUACGCGCCUUGUACGAAGUCAUUGAUGUGUCACGCGCAACCCAGACUGUGCCACGAGCGGAGCGUAUGCGCGGCUUCAAGAGAUGGUUUCUGACGGGACUGGAGGAUAUUGCCGAGAAGACUUUACCCCAAAAAGAAGCCAAAACACUUCUCACGCUCGAAGAGAAUAGUGCUAUCAUUUCAGAAGGCGAAAAGCUAGUGCUCAGAAGUCUUGGAAAGUCCAAGCAGCGGCCCAAUGCGCACCUCAUCCCCGUACCGCCACAGGCUGCAGGAAAGAAGUUUACACUUCUUACCAGCGAACCAUUGGACCACCCUGGAGAUCAUGGCCUGCUUGAGGUGCUGUUCUGCAGUGUAUUUCCAUCGCAACCCGGUCAGUCGACUACAUUGUUUUCUAUGAACAUGGAUCUCUCGGGCGACAGUGUCGGUGCCACACGACUUGCCUGCAAGAAUGCCGCCUCAGAUGUCAUCGCACUUCCCGCCUCGACGCGUCACUCGACCCAUCCGUUCAAGAUGGACGAGCGCCCUUUUUCGUACCUCCAAUAUGAUCUCGAAGAUCUGGCAGAGCAUCAAUUCGUAGCAGUCGUUGACAAGGCUAGUGAGCGCAGUACAGGCUGGGUAGUCGCCGAGUUCAGCGCUGCCCCUGAAUCUCAAAUCGUCGUUGAUAUGGGUUUACAGCGCCUUCUGACGACUGGCAUGUCUCUGAGGCUUCCAGCACAGCGUCCACUGAUGUCGGACAUCAAUAUCCCAGCUUUGCACUCUGCUCUUCUAGCCUACAACAUCCACAUUGGCAAGCAGUCGUGCGACGCAGGAGAGCUCUUCGCUCCUCUACUGCGGCAGUACGUUACCGACAUCUACGAAAGCAAGUUCUUCGUCAAUGUCAAGGAUGCUAGCAUCAACCUACAUGGUGUAUCGCCAUACAUGCCACCUGCUCUGCACGCUAAGCAGCCUUCCAACGGGUUAUCACUGCAGAUUUGGUCUGACCCCACUUGCGAUAGCAGUGUCGAGAUCAAUUUGAAUGUGGAUAUACUAGGCAGUUUCGGAAAGCUCUGGAUGCGUUACCGCAUCAUCUUUGCCGCAUUCCCAAUCCUGGUCGUUGCCUUGGUUUUACGCCAACAGUUCAGAACGUACGACAACAGUGGAGUCUUUAUGAGCUUUACUCAGGGACUAAAUGAGUGCCUGAAGAGUUCACUUCCGCUGGCUCUGUCGGCACUUACAUUUCUGUCGAUUGCGCUAGCAGGUGCCCAACAUCAGUCAAAGCAAUGGUCUUUCGGUGGGAAGUCUGCCAACAUGACAUCCUUGCUCGAUACUGCCAGCAACGAAUUGCUCCUCGGUUCGGACGAUACCUUCUUUUGGUUCCUUGUCCCACUGUUUGGUUUGAUGUGCAUUGGCGUUUGCGUGGCUAUCAACUACGCCGUGCUUCUAAUAGAACUUACGCUCGCCUCUCUGUACUCUGUGGUCAUAUCAACCAGACUUCGGAAGGAUGAAGCAAAGAGAUCCCCAUCAGCCUUCGCAGUCACAUCCAACCGGCAGCGCGUCGUCACCACAUGCAUUUUGCUAUCACUCGUCUCAACAGUGAUACCAUAUCACUUCGCUUACGUUGUACUCUGCCUGGUGCAGCUUGCAACUAGCGUCCGCGCGUUUCGACUGGCGAGAGAGUCUAGUCUCGACUCGAACUACAACUUCUACAACUACGCUCACUCGAUCUUCAUCCUGAUGUUUUGGAUACUACCCAUCAACCUCCCAGUACUGGUGGUUUGGGUACGCAACCUGGCAGUCCACUGGAUGACGCCUUUCUCCUCGCACCACAACAUCCUCUCCAUCAUGCCGUUUAUCCUGCUCGUUGAAACCCUGAGCACCGGCCGCAUGAUUCCUCGAGCGGAGUUCCGUGUCUCGUUCUUCACAAACAUCUUGCUCUUCUCCAUUGGCGCAUAUGCUGCUGUUUACGGUGUUACAUACGCCUAUGUCCUGCAUCACCUAGCAAACAUACUCUGUGCCUGGCUAGUCGCCAUUCACUUUGAUCCAUCAGCAUGGUCUCCCAGAAGAGCGAGUGAUACCAUAGAGGGAAGAAAACCGGAUAGCGAAACAAAGAAACGACCAUGA